AUGGGCGGCUGCAUGGAGGGCACGUUCUGGGAUGGACUUGUGCAGCGGUGCCUUCCCUGUGAGAUGGUCUGCCAGCGCGCCAACACACACACACACGCCCACGCACGGUGCAGCGACUACUGUGCGUCUCAUCGUUGCCGGGCAACUGCUGGUCACUUCUACGAUCAGCUGCUGAAGAAGUGCUUCUCUUGUGGCCAGGUGUGUGGAUCACACCCUCCUGAGUGUGUGACCGAGUGCCAGGCCCAGACUACAGCUGUGAGUGCUGUGGUGAGCCCUGUGGUGGAGGCUGCAGGUCCGGGCGUGUCCAGCAGGGGGACCUCUGUGCUGGGCGUGUGUGUGCUGGGGGCGUGUGUGGCGCUGAUCAUCUGCUCCAUCAGCCUCCUGCUGCUGCUGCUGCUGCACCGCAGACACACAGCCACCAGGGGGCAGCAGCGAGCAGAGCAGCCACAGCAGCACGCACACCAGAAGGGCCAGGAUGUUGAAGGUCAGCAGUGGUGUUGGGCUACUGAGACGUGUGUCCACUGCUUUCCUGAGUCUGGGAAGGCCACACCCACUCCACACCGAUUGGCUGGAUUCCAGAACCCCACCUCCAAUGGACCCCUCCUCCUGCAGGACAACUGUUGCCAUGCCAAUGUAGACAGCCCCAAACAACAGUCUGAAAAACUCAGUCCGAGUCCCGUCCACAUCAUCUGCUCCCCAGAGCAGAACAGCCUGUAG